AUAGAAUCGAUAAAAAGGGAAUGACAAAUUCCUAAUGGGUUUUCUUCAACUGCCUUGGCUUUUUAUACAACCACGCUGGAGUUUAUUUUUCCUUUUCUUUGUUUGUUUCUGUGAUAUUCCUUUUGGUGGUUAUUGCAAAGUCACUAUUGAGGAGUUUUUUAAUACCUUUUCGGGUAAUUGGCGACUACAGAUUAGUCAGUUGAAUAACAAUAGUAGUAACAGCGGACUUUUUCCAAUCCAAUUACAGAGUUGUUUAUCUCCCUGCGUUCGUCAUUUGUAUUUGACAACUCGUUCUGAUGGCAUAAUACUCCAAGGUUCUUAUAUGGAAUUUGAUCAAGACGAAGUGGUAACCAACUCUUUAUCACUUGAGUUUAUGGGUUUUCCACACAAUAAUAGUUUUAAGAUAUUUCAAGACGGUCUCUACUUGAAGGACACCAACUUAUCGUUUAAGGUUUCUAAGAGCAGUGUUCGAGAAGAAGCCUUUUAUAUAAUGUCUGAUAGUAGUAUAUCCAAUAGAAAUAUUUCCUCCUUAUCUUGUAUGGGUUCAGUUUUCAAAGAAUCCAUGUUUUGGAGUUGUGAUGAUCAUAUAGCUUGGAUGAUAUUUGGAGAACGAUUAGAAGAAGAAGAAGAAGAGGAGAAGGGAGGAUUGCGCAAAUAUCUUCCUACUAUCAUGAUUAUUGUUGUUUUUAUUUUGGUGCGAAAAUUGCAAUCAUUUCUAUUAGAAAAGAGAGCUACAUUGGUUCCUACUAGUUUUGGUUAAGUUGCAUGAUGAUUGAUUUUUG